GUAUCCGGCCGCGGUCUCGAAUAGCACCAGCAUGGCGGGCAGAGGCGCGGGGCCGGGUCAGCGAGAGUCGGUCACAGCCGGGGCCGCAGCGGCGCCGAGGAGCGCGGCAGGACAGGGCCACGUGCGGGCAGAGGGCCCCAGCUCCCAGCGGCAAGACGCAGCGCGCACGGCGAACCGGAACCAAGGCCAAGAAAGAGGUCAACCACAAACUGGCCAAAACCUGUUUUUUAUAAAGGAAGCAAAACCUUCAGCUGAGGACUUGGGAGAUAAGAAAGAGGGAGAAUACAUUAAACUCAAAGUCAUUGGGCAGGACAGCAGUGAAAUUCACUUCAAGGUGAAAAUGACGACACAUCUCAAGAAACUCAAAGAAUCAUACUGUCAAAGACAGGGAGUUCCAAUGAAUUCGCUCAGGUUCCUCUUCGAGGGUCAGAGAAUUACUGAUAAUCAUACCCCCAAAGAGCUGGGGAUGGAGGAGGAAGAUGUGAUUGAAGUUUAUCAGGAACAGACAGGGGGUCACUCGACAGUUUAGAUCCUUCCGUCUGUUUUUUCUUUCCCCUUAAUCCUUUUUUAUUUUUAAAUAAUAGUUCUUUUGUAAUGUGGCGUUCAACACUGAACUGAAACUGGCACCCCAUCUCUGGGAACUUUAUUUUCAAACAUCUGAUAUCUUGAAUUCUUGUGCUCAUUAUACACUAUGAUUUCUGUUUUCAUUGUGCUGAACUCUUGUGAUCCAGCUGCAGCCCUGCUCCUUUUCCCCCCUCCCCUUUAAAAUUACAUGUACACACAUGCAUUUGUAUGUUCACUAGGAUCGUGCAUUUCAGGCACGAAGGUUGUAAGAUCUGCCAGGUGAGCAAGUGUUCCUAAUGACUUCCAAAUCAGCCCUGAAGUUUUGAUGUGUGACUGUUUCACUCCUGGACUAUAACUUUCAGUGGGAGAUGAAGUUUUUCAGAGAACUAAACAAUGGAGAAAUUGUGUGUCCAUAAUUGAGAGCUGUUUUCCUUAAAUUGUGCUGGGGGCCCAGGAAAGAAGAUUGUGUCCAGUUGGAAAUGAAAAAGAUAGAACUGGUGUCAUCUGUACUUUCCUCCAGAGAUGGCUACGCAGAAGACAUAAAAUUGAAAACCCUGUUGAGUCUUAAAUUUUGGCAGAGGAGCCCAGAAAAGUUAUUUCAUAUAGCAAUUAAUACACAGAUAUUCAUGCAAGAAUGUACACAGCAGACACUUGUAGUAUUCUGACAUUCUCGUUUGUACCUUUUGGCCUGGGACAUGGGUUUUGAAUGGACGUUGUCUGUACCAGCUUCAUUAAAAUAAACAAGAAAAACAAUUUUAUAAACAUUAACAAUUUGUAUUUUCUUUUCAAAUAUUUGAAGAUGAAAGAGCAAGAGAUGUGCUUAUUUAGUAAAUAUUGAUCAGAGCCAGCAAAUAUUAUACUCUUAAAAUAUACGCUGUAAACUAGAAUUCUGUUGUUCCCUGCUUAUUCCAAGUAUUGAAUACUCAUUGAUUUCUAUUUU